AUGAACCAAGUGGCGGAUGGGCUGAAGGUGCUUGCAGACCAAUACCGGCUGAUCGUCGUGGUCGUCAACCAAGUCUCAGACGUCAUGGCCCCUCCCUCUUCCUCCUCUGAGCUCGCCCUUCCCCGUCCACACAAUACGAUUGUCGGUCGUCCUAGCCAGCCGGGCAGCUCAGGAAGCGCUGCAAUCCUUUUUCCCCUGUUCCCACUCUCUCCGGCAUAA